AUGAAAGCGUCGACGCUCUCAGACUUUUCCACACUAACACUAUUUCUGCAGAGGUGUUGUGAAAGUCAAAAGGCUCUUCUCCAUUCUUCGUUGAUUUUUUUGGCUUCCUUUGUUGUUUUCUCACAGCUUCUGCUGCAGCGCUCGUGUUCUCUACUGAUACACUAAUCAAUGUCUGUCAAUCUAUCGCCGCCAUCUUGUUUGCUGACAACACCAAAAAAUUUACUUUGGCAAAGCGUUGCGCAAAAAAGGCCGAAGACCUGUUACACGCAUCGUUUUCCUCGAUAUUCGUCAUUGACGCAAGAAUAUGAAGUCGAUUAAGAAACUGUGUUGCUGUAUCACAAAUCUGGCCAUGAUAUAAUCAACGGUGAACCACGAAAAAAACGUCGCAAAAUAACGACGCGGGUAACAUUUACUUAUGCGCUACAUUGUAUGGUUAUAUGUGAAUAUUUUGCGUGACCGUGAUGUUCUAACGUGAGGGUGCGUGACUGUUUGGGUAAUUGCAAAUAUGGGCUCUAGUGAAAAGAGCGCGCGGUUUUAAAAAUUCACAUAAAAAAGCCAUCAUAUGAUUGAACCAUAUGAUACCGUAUUGAAUGAUUUUAUUAUCGUUACAUGGAUUUCAUGGGAAUUUCGUGUUUUGUUGGUUAGCUUCGAUAUUUAUCGUUGUAUGUCCAUCGAUUUCCAUGUUUUCGUUGCUUCUUUUUGUUGUAGGACAGGGCCUGGACCCAAAUGUGUGAGGGGGCCUGGACCCUAGUGUGUGAGAGGGCCUGGACGCUAAUAUACGGUGCUGGGCAACCAAAGAUUUGAUGAAUUAUGCUGCAGCCAAUAAGACAGAAGUAGACAAGUCCGCAUUCCGUGAUAUUUGCCCGGCCCUUGUGCAACAGGCUGCUUCUGGAGCGUGUCAUGACGCCCCAACAACAACAAAGCACACAGCACGACCUACCAAACUGAAAGCAUGGGGGUACAGCAUCCUGUCAGUGUUUAUUAUCAGUGUCGGGUCCAUGGUGGGAGCUGUUGCGGUCCCCUGUAUCAGACACUCCAUGUUCCAGAUGGCUCUAAUGAUGAUGUCAUCUCUGGCCGUGGGCGUGUUAGGGGGUGUCGGAAUAUUUCAUCUCAUCCCUGGGGCACUGGGUCAUGGUGGAGAUGGGGACUACUUGUACUUGUACAAGUGUGCAGUAGUCGCUGCAGGGAUAUACCUGUUUAUUAUCAUGGAGUAUCUUAUGCAGAUUUACCUCAGGUUCUCGGGCGGCCACGGUCAUACGCACCAGCUAACAGAGGUUCACACACCCCUAGAGGCGGUGAAGCCACCAGAAGAGAUGUAUCGUCCAAUCACGGAAGGAAAUAUAGGACAAGGUGGUACCAACAACAACGGUCUUUCUCAAAGCACGGUUCCUCUCGAUCCCCUGGAAGAGGAGAACCCGGAAAAGAAAAAGCAAGUGAUCAAACCAGUCGCAUGGAUGGUCCUCCUUGGGGACAGUAUGCAUAACUUCCUUGACGGCCUUGCUAUCGGCGCGGCAUUCAGUAACUCGAUCAUCGAGGGCUUCAGCACAUCACUUGCUAUCUUUUGCGAAGAGGUUCCACACGAAUUAGGCGACUUUGCUGUACUUUUGAGCGGUGGUAUGACAGUGCGUCAGGCUCUUGGCUUCAACUUCCUGUCAGCGUGCGUCUGCUUCGUGGGCAUGGCAAUUGGACUCUUGCUUGGCUACACCACCCAUGCUGUCAAGUGGAUCUACGCUUUGGCUGGUGGAAUGUUUGUGUACAUUGCUCUAGUUGCCAUGCUCCCUGAGGUGAACCAAAUGUCAAUGAGGGCAGGACAAGGUUCGGUCCGUAAAAACCUGAAGGUCUUCGCCAUGCAGAACGUGGGAAUGAUAUGUGGAUUUAUCAUUAUGUUUGUACUCGCAAUGUAUCAGUCGCAAAUCACUCUGUAGCCAGUUAAAUCCACGUACAGUUGGAAUCGUCCUAAAAAUAUAUCCAAUUGAAGACGAACCCAAACAACAGGAAUGCAUGACAUCAUGAUUAUUUUCCCCAAUUGUAAAAUGUUGGACCAAUUAAUGAUCCCAAAAUUAAAGAUCGGAGACCGAGAACUCCAACUCAGAAUGACCGUCGGGCCAUUGUUGAAAAGGACUUGGGAAGCUCGGCGAAAAAAAUACUUGUUACCUGUUUGAGGUAGUUGUCUCAGAUAAAAAGCGUGAUUCCACCACCCUUUACAACACCAUAUGUUCGACUAAAGUAGUCUCCGACAACAUAAGAUAUUCAAAAGAGCGGCGAAGAGUCCUUAAUUAAUUAAUAAAAUCAACUACCUCAAACACAACUACCUCGAACACUGAACAAGAUUGUCUUGUUAUUGUCGGUCUGUCUGGAUCUCGCAGAACCCCAUAUGAGGGGCGUUCCUGGGCCGUUUUAUAAUAGAUUUAGUUAAAAUUAGGAUUUUAAAUGUUUGUAAUUUAGAGUUUUCAGUAACAUUG